UACUGUUUUCUAGCCUUAAGCUUUUAAAUGAGUUAUAGUUAGGCCUAGGUUUAUAACUGAUAAGUAAUUGUAAAUAAGAGCACAUUAGAAUAGGAUUAGGCCUAGUUAUAAUUAGAUCAAUAGACCAAGGAUAAUGCUUGUUGCCACACUUGGCCUGAAGAGUAUGACAAACGUGCCCUUUCUUCCUUUACAACUAAAGAUUUACUUGCCACUGAGAAAUGUGUUUCGUCUUUGCUUACACGGAAAGUAAUGACUUACUUUCCACACCUUCACAUUCUUUCUUGCUACUCUGUGUCAGCAGCCUACACACACACACAAACACACAUCAAACCAGUUAAACCGCAGUAGACCAUAAAAACACACCUCUUUUUCUUUUUCUCUGUUCUGUCAUUAUCAACUACACCGACCUUUUACACGCAGGUUUGCAUUGGAUAUAAACAGACAACAAGGGUAUUUAAUUUGACGGGAGGAACAACAAGGCAACAGUAUGGGCUCCAGUCACAGCAGCGACAAGCUUCACUGUAACCGCUACCUUAAUGGUCAACACCAUCCCUCACUAAAAAAACAAGCUUACCAUGGGAUGAGUAGGCAUGACUACAUACCAAGUGGCGACCAGCCUGAGGGACAGAUGACAUUGGAAGUCAUACACAGAGAUUUGCCAGGAUUUCCUAAUGACCACACCAUAAAGAUCAACUUUAUAUUUCCAGACGGAAUACAGGCAGAGAGGCACCCACACCCUGGACAGCCUUUUUCUGGGAUGCACCUCAGUGCUUACCUGCCAGACAACCAAAUGGGGAGGAAGAUUCUCAAGCUCAUUGACAAGGCCUUCAACCAGAAACUACUCUUCCAUGUUGGGACUAGUUAUGAUGGAAGGGAUAUGGUCACACCUUCAAUUCCUCUAAACAUACAACCAAAUGAGGAAAGAAAAGGUAAUGGGAAGCCAGAUUUGGACUACCUGCAAUAUGUGGAAAAACUGCUGAGGGAAAAAGGAAUUGAAUAAAAAUGCAGAUUGCUUGACAGGAGCUAAGUAAACUACACUUUGCCAAUAAAUAUAACAAAACAAUGUGUUAACAAUAGGAUUGAGUGUUGAAUUUCUCCUUCUCUCUUGAAUUGAUGAAAAAUUAAAAUGUUGUCAGUGUGUAAUUUUAUUGAUAUAAUUGUUCCAUGCAACAUGUAAACCUCCCAUGCAGCUCAACCAGCCAAUUCUUCUUCACCAACUCCCUUUUGGACUUUGUUUAUUAAAAUUUUCAACAAACUGGGUUUCUCGUGUUCUUUUCUAAUAGAGAAACCUGACUUGUAGAUUAUUAUGUGUACUGCUCCUGUACUGCACGGCUUGUG